UAGGCGUUUAGGCGGCUUUUAUUUGACAUUUAUUUUUUCUACUUUUGCAUACAAUGCAAAAAAAAAAAAGAUUUAGCUCUAAAAUGUUUCUUCUGUGAACGUUGGCAGGUAUUACAGAGAUGGGCUCGUAAGUGAGACGUUUAACGUACGUAUAGCAGUUACCACCAAUCAGACGGCUAGUGGAAACCGACCGUAACAGUCGAUUGCUUUGCGGUAUGUUAUGAUUCAGUACGUUUUAAAGAAAGUUUUUAUAUUUCGUUGACAUAGAAAGCAAAGAUUUAGAAUUCAUAAUCGAUGGCAGCGAAUUUUACAUCGUGUUUAAACUGUCAAAUAAAGGAAGGUUCGAAGCGUUGCGUGCGUUGCAAAAAUGCGUUUUACUGCUCUCGUGAAUGUCAAGUACAACAUUGGAAGAAUGGCCACAAGAAAUCAUGUUUGGAGAAGGGGGAACUAGAUGAAAAUAAAAACGAGCUUAAGUCAGAGAAUACUAAGAGUGUGAUGUCUGAUGAGAAGGAGUUCACAGCUUGUUAUGGCUGCUUACUGAGAGAGGCAAGCUUUCGUUGCAGCUGUUGCAAGAAACGAAUGUACUGUAGUAGGGCGUGUCAGAAAAGCCAUUGGAAGCACCAUAAACAAGCAUGUACUUCUCAACAUCAAGAACAGAAAACUGAACAAAUUCAAUGCGGCAGAGGGGACGAAUUAUCAGCAGAAAAUUUGAGAGAAGCUUUUAAGUAUUUCUCGACAAUGCCAUCAAAACCUAAAUACCUAAAAGACUUCCCGAUUCCUAACUAUCCUCUGGAAUAUCGACAAGUGUAUCCAGAUGAAGUAAACAGUUUUUUUCUUUUAUUAAGUGCUUAUAAAAGUCAUAAAAAUUAUGGCAAUGAAGAGCUGUUAUUGAAUACUAUAAAAUGGGAUAGAAGUAUCUAUUUAAGAAGAUAUCGGGAAAUUUCACCUAAUUUAUUCGAUUUUCUGGAUAGCAAUCCACGCCCAGGAGACAUAUUUAAGAACCGUGUACAGGGCGUUUAUCCUAAAGAAAGGUAUCAGCUAUUUCGAAACACGCCUGUGGCAGAAAAAAGGUUUGAAUUUGGAAGGAAAUAUGUUUUUAUUGGUUAUGUUGAUCUAUCCCAACUUUUAUUCAGCAUAUUUACUGGAGAUACGUGCAAUAAAGUGAAGUUCUUUGGAUUUGACAAGUCAGAAAUAUGUGUGGCACGUUCUUUGAUUGUUUACGAAAUGAUGAAACUUGAAUUACGGCUCGAUUCAAUCCUAGAAGUUUGGUUUUCAACAGGCUGGUGCAAUCAAACAUUGAAAGAUUUUAGAAAGGCAUGUGCUAGUGUGAUCACCACUUUGGGAAAAAACAAAGAUUUAAAGAAUUUGGUUGCUUAUUGGAGGCGUACCACACUAACUUUAGAGGAAGCAAUAAUAAACUGGAAAGAAAUGCAUAUGUUUGACAAUCCAUUUAAAGCUGUAAGCUGUUUGUUGCACAAGCAAGAUCGUAUCGAAUUGUGUCGAUACGAGCUGACUGGACAAAUCUUUGGCCAAUUGGGCGCACAGUGUCAUGGUAAUGUAACAAUGUUUUCCAUGCCGGAUAAGUUUAAAUGUUACAAUUUGUUGGAUGGUAUUAUUUUGGAGUCGUUUAGUUGCAGCAAACAGUUUCAUUACGACGGUAACUUCUUCCGAAGUUUGGGAAGGUACUACAAAUCGAAACUUGAAGUAUUGGUGAAGUUGGUGGCAGAUGGUAAAGUGGAGUGCAGGCUUCGCGUUAUGUCAGUUCACUUGGAAAACAAAUAUGCCAUAGAGCAUAUCUAAUCGUUAAAACCCGAUCACAUAGACUGGAACAAUGUGGCUGAUUACAUCAGGAAGGAGUCCUUUUUUAAACUUGCUUAUGCUUGCUCGAAUAAAGAAACGACCCAUUCUUUGCAUUUUAUGAAUUGGUCCACUCAGGUGUUUGGGACAUUUAUACUGGAGUAUAAAAAUCGUUUGGAGGUGCACAUGGAGCACAAGAAGAUACAGGACGGCUUUUUUAAGAUGCGUCAUGAUCAUGGAUAUAUUCCAUUUUUAAGAAAAGAUGCUUUGGUCAUUUAUCCAUGGAAUAUAAGUACAGACGUUCUUGCGCUUAAGUAUCGCCACAAAUUUUUGGAGUAUUACUUUGACGUCGAUGAAUUUGAUUUGAACAUUACGGACAUUUGUGGACCAGAUAUAUGUAACUGUUUUCAAACAGUUAGCCAGAUAUUUACGUUAUCUUUUGAUAUUAAGAAAAGAAAAAUAUAAUAUCAGGGCGAGAAACUCAAUAAUACGUAGUAGUUAUCGCACAGUGUCGAGAAAAAUAUCGAAAAUAUUUUUUUGAUUUUUUUAUGUUUUCGAUUACUUAUUUUGCGAACCUUUAGGCGAGUAAAAUGUACGAAAACUAAAAAACGAAAAAAUAUUUGACGAUAUAUUUCGAAAACAAGUGCGAUAACUAGUUUAGCAUAUAAACCGAGCAUAAAUCACUGUAGUUUGAUUACUCGUAAUAUAUUCAUGUUAAUUUAAUACAACUAUAUAUGUUAAUAUAUAGUUUGUAUUAAAUUUAGUUUAUUAUAUAAUUAUGAUUUGAGUAGAUUUUUUAACUUUUCCUUAAAAUUGGUUGUUUUUUUUUGUUUAAGCCAGCCUAGAGAAGCAAAGAAAACAUAGUCACGCAAAAUGUUUGCAUUAUAGAUUUGACGAAGUGGAUUUUUGAAAUAUUAAAGUAUAAGUAUUGUUUUUUGUUUCAUUUUCCUGCUAGGGAGAAGGGUGUUUGUUAUUCAAAGUAUACCAAAAGACUUUUGAUAAAAAUCAUCUGAAUGACAGUAAGAGAUUAUGACUAAAAUUUCUGGACAACAUGGUGUGUAAUUGUUUGUCCAUCAAUACAUAAAAAUAGCCCCUACCUUUGAUUAUAGGGCCCCCACCAUAAACAAACAAAAAGUAGUUUGUAAUGAUAUUUGUGACAUUAUUGUUAUAAUAACAGAACUUUAGAAUAGACUCGUGCCGUGCGUUUUUCUAUGUUUUUUUUUCUGUUUUUUAUGCUAAUACUAACUUUAAAGUUAAAGGUUUGUAAGAAUAUACUGGCUUGUUUAAAAAGCAAACUGGUUAUUUUUUACAAUUGUUUCAUUUUGUAGUACCGUUUUAGGCCUAAUUAAUUUUGCUAAGAACAUCCAAAGUUACCGAUAUUUAUAACUGCAAACUUUUUAUUCGAAGUUGUGUGAAGUGAUCUGCCGCUUUUAUGAAGCAAGAUUUUUAUUUCUCUUUUUCACGACCAUAACAAUUUUGAAAUAAAGGCUAUUUUGAAAAGUUAUCAAAAAGUAUCAACUCGCGAGUAUUCAGCAGUUGCUUGGCUGCGAAAGUCAUUACAGGAUGUGGACGUUGGCGUCCCAGAGAUGGAGAUAAUGGCGCUGCAGACGUAAGAAACAAUUAGAACAUAUUAAAUUCAGAUUGCAUGAAACUAGUAUAGAAAUAUAGGCUAAUAGUUAUUUGAAGGGACGAACUUAAAAAUUUAGUCAAUAUAUUUUAAUGGAGGUUUAUAGGCACAAUGUUGCUGAUGCUGGGAAAAACAACACCGUACUUUGAUAUAAUCUGAUGAGGAUUAUUUGGAAAAACAUUUUAUUUUAAAUUACUAAAGAAAUUCAUAAAUUUUUUGUAACUAGCAAUUUAAAAUUGGUUUUGUCACUGAUAAUGUGGUGAAAGAUAUACUUUCUUGGAAAUUGGAAAUUCGCGUAAUGUUAGCAGUGUGUCUUCUUAUCCAAUGUCACUUUCACUCGUUCUAUCGCACUUUUUUAUUCCCAUUUAAAGAUUUUAACGAACGAUUAGAAAUCAUCAAUUUUAAACUCAAAAAACCAUUAGUUCCACCAUUAUUUCAGAAUUUUAUAGAAUCCUUGCCAAGUGAGUUACAAAAAUAAAAUACCGUAGUACUUUAAAUGAACGCUGGGGCGUUAAUCAAAUCUUUUUAUGGAGGUAGAAGUAAAGAAGGAGAUUGAACUCUUUUGUUUCUAUUAGAAUCAUCCGUGAUAC